AUGUUUACAAGCACGGGAAAGACGGCGCCGCCCCAGGCCUUCAUGUCCAGCUAUGCGCCACGACUGCGCAGCCACGGAAACUCGCUCAUAUCGCCCAUUGUCCCGCCCUCGAAUACGCUUCCUGCACCGCGCGUGACGAAACGUGGAACUGCCGUUCUCAGCUACGCGGAAGAUGCCUACGACGAUGACGACUUUGAGGAUAGCGACCGCCCGCGACGAGCAACAGGUCUCCGCAGUGUACAAAAGGCCGACCCGCUAAACGCUGAUCACUCAGCGCAAAUCGCUGCUUUGGGCGAGGAACUUACGGCACCAAUCGACCUGCAAGGAAUUUGGAGAGACUGGAUGGGCAGGCCAAAGCGAACAUUAACUGAGAAGCAAGUCCUGACGCAGUCCGUCCUACCAGUGACACUGAUCCCCAUUCGUAUAGACAUGGACAUUCAGGCUUUCCGCCCCGAUGCGCCGCUACCCACACCCUCGAAUGCUCGCGAGUUCGGCAUCAACGAGAACCUGCCCGCGUACAAACAGCCUGACGUCACCCCUGCAUACAGACUCAAGGACUCGUUUUUGUGGAACCUACACGAGGCUCUGACGACACCUGAUCAAUUUGCAAAGCAGUUUGUGGAUGAACUGGAUCUUCCAAAUGAGCGGAAACCCUUGAUAAUAUCUCAAAUUGCCAAUCAAAUCCGACAGCAGUUGGAGGAGUAUGCUGGCGUUGCGCUUCAUCCUCUCUUCCAUUCCGCAAACUCGCCUGCUGUACAGGGAACCGGUGCCAAACCUGCGCUGCCUUCGUCAUCUCGCGAUGGUACUUCUACUCCCGUAGUCCCAGCCACGAAUGGUGCAUCUACACCAAUGACAAACGGCGCAUCUCAAGCAGAAGGUGUGCAAACACCAGCAGGUAUACCAAAUGGCAUCAGUGCAAAAGCUACGGCCCUGCCUUCGGAAGAACUCCACAACCCGGAUGACACGUACCGAUGCAUCGUCACACUGAACAUCAACCUCAUGAACCGGUUAUACACGGACAAAUUUGAGUGGUCAUUGCUACACCCCCCAGGUUUUGCAGAAAUGUUUGCCAAGACGACGUGUGCCGAUCUUGGACUUUCAGGUGAAUGGGUGAAUGCUAUGACGCAUAGUAUCUAUGAAGCUGUCCUGCGGCUCAAAAAGGAGGCGUGUGAAAACGGCGGACUAGUGGGUGACGGAGAAAUUGACAAUGACGCUGUGGAGCCCACGAUUGGCGCAGGGUGGAGAUACGAUCAAGAACAUCUCUGUGACGAGUGGGAGCCAAAGGUUGAGAUUUUGUCGCCCGAAGAAAUCGAAAAGCGUGAAGGCGACCGCGAGAGGCAAAUUCGCCGAUUACGGCGAGAAACUGCGCGCUUUUCGUCAACAUCAAAUAUGACGGGCACUCCAGCCAAUGAGUUCUUCAACAACAUCGAAGGACAAGAAAACAUGGGCCGUGGUGAGCGUAGCAAGAAGAAGAGAAGAUUCAGGAGUUUGAGCCCUGUCGGGCGCGGCACACCUGGCGCUGGAGGAGGCGGAUCCGGCUAUGGUGGGCAGGACGGCGGGCUGCAAGAGGGGGAGAGGCAAACGUGGAGAUGUUCACACUGCUGGGUUUGGGGAACUGCGGUCUGGGCUGUUCGAGAUGGUCCAAAAGGACCGCGCAGCCUGUGCAAUAACUGCGGGUACCUUUACGAACGUGACAAGAAACUGCCACCUUGGUCUGAGAAUCUUUUCUACCAUGAAAGGCCAACGCACGAGAUACCCCAGUAUAGGCCACAACGAUGA